AGAGAAAGACGCCGAAACAAGAAAUAAACGACGACGCUACAUUACACGACUCGAGUCAACUCGACGUGUUUCCAAACCCGUAUCUCUCUACGCACACAAAUUUCUAUAUCCAUACUCUCUCUCUCUCUUCUCUGCUAUAUUAUUCUCUUUCUCUCUCUAAAACCCUCGCUCUCUCUCUCUCAUGAUUACUGAUCGGAGCACAGCCAUUGUCAUUCUCUCUCUACUUUCUCUCACUAAAAGCGCAAGCCUAGGGUUUAUGUUCGUCCAUUUUUGUUUGUUCUGAGUUAUCCUUGUCGUCUUCGUUUCUUGCUUCAAUUCGAACUGUGCAUAGAUGUGAAAUCGCUCUUUGUCUUAUUCGCUAGCACUCUUUCUAUUUGAUUUCUCUCUCUUUUUUAGAGUUGGCUUAGGGUUUGAUGUUGGGCUAGUUUUGUUGGUGCUGUGUGUUUGAAGCUUCGAUGUCGUCGUCUUCGUCGAUCAAGUUCUGCUUCAAUUCGAACUGUAAAGAUGUGUUGGAACGGUCCAGGAAAGGCUGGCGUCGUCGCACCGGCGAGUUCGCUGACCUCUGUGAUCGAUGCGCUUCUGCUUAUGAGGAGGGAAAAUUCUGCGAGACUUUCCACUUGAAUGCAUCUGGUUGGAGGUGUUGUGAAUCUUGCGGGAAGCAAAUACAUUGUGGAUGUAUAGUGUCAUUCCAUAUGUUUGUCCUGUUGGAUGCUGGAGGAAUUGAGUGCAUAACUUGUGCAAGAAAAAGUUUCAUUUUGACACCAAAUCCAGCCUGGCCGCCACCUUCGCUCUUCCUUCCUGUACUGCCUGAAAGGAUAAAAGACUUCUCUACCAAAAAUUGGUGCCAGAUAGCAGGAUCAGGUCCAGUACCAUGGCGACAAGCACCCAGUUUGUUCACUUCUUCAGCUGCUCAGUCUGACUUCCAACCAAGGAUGCCUUUUGAUGUUGACAUACCAAGUGGCAUCGAUAGACUUAUUGGAAGUGAGCGACUAUCUGCCUCUUCUUUGGAAAAGAAGAAAGUAGAGGAUUCAUCUGAAAGAUUAAUGAAUGGUAGCCUGAAGCUUGGUGCAUCUGAAAUACUUGAGAAUGGAAUUAACAGUGGGGAGCAAGCUAGUCCAAGCAUAAAUGUUCCUCAGAAAUCAUCCUUCUUAAAAAUUGACACAUCUACAUCACACUUUGGCUUGGGUGUAUCUUCUUCAUCACUAAAUGAAUCGAAUGAUCAAACAAAGGUUUCUGGUUGUCAUGCACCACGUCCAACCCCUCCACCUCUAAUUGGGAAGCAGUUCUGUGGGCAUAAUGGAGUUGACUCAUCUGGUGAAACUCAGAUACGCAAUGGAAGGCCUCGAAGCGAUGCAAGGUCACGAAAUCAGUUACUUCCUCGGUACUGGCCCAGGAUAACUGAUCAAGAGCUACAGCAAAUCUCUGGAAAUUCAAACUCUGUAAUUACUCCUUUAUUUGAGAAGAUGUUAAGCGCCAGUGAUGCAGGGAGGAUAGGGCGCUUAGUGCUUCCAAAAAAAUGCGCAGAGGCCUACUUUCCACCAAUUUCGCAGCCUGAAGGUUUACCUCUCAAAGUUCAAGAUUUAAAAGGGAAGGAAUGGAUAUUUCAAUUCCGAUUCUGGCCCAAUAAUAACAGCAGAAUGUAUGUUUUAGAGGGGGUCACUCCUUGUAUACAGUCAAUGCAACUGCAAGCUGGUGACACAGUAACAUUUAGUCGGAUAGAGCCAGAGGGGAAGUUGGUCAUGGGAUUCAGAAAGGCCUCAAUUACUCCAUCAUCAAAUCAGGGCAAUGAAACUGCCAAUGCUAGUAAUGGGAUUUCUACAAAUGGAGAUGUUAGUGCGAAAAAAAUUAAAGCUGGUGAAGUCCUUUCAACUCAUCAAUUAAAAGGAAAUUUGGUAUCACCUGGCUUUUCGUCAAUUGACCAGGCUAAUUCAGCUGAUCAAGCAAGUCCAUUGUCUAAAGAUGAUAAAUCUGGGUACAAAGCUAAGGAAGUGCUUGGAGCUAAAUCUUCUUUCCGCAAUAAGAGGAAGAACAGCAUAUUGGGUUCAAAGAGUAAACGACUAAGAAUUGAAAAGGAGGACCUAAUAGAGCUGAAACUGACAUGGGAACAAGCUCAGGGACUGUUACGACCACCGCUGAACAGUGUCCCAAGUGUUGUGGUAAUUGAAGGCUUUGAGGUUGAAGAGUAUGAGCAGGAUGCACCAAUUAUUGGGAGGCCUACAAUUUUUGCAACAGAUCCUAUGGGAGAAAAUAUCCAGUGGGCUCAAUGUGAAGACUGUUUUAAGUGGCGCAAAAUUCCCGCUGAUGCUUUUCUUCCUGCAAGAUGGACCUGUUCCGAAAACUCAUGGGAUCCCGAAAGAUCUUUGUGUUCAGUGGCUCAAGAAUUGACAGCAGAACAACUUGAAGAUCUGAUACCUUCCAGUAAUCGAGCUGCUUCUAAGAAAAUGAAGGUCGCUAAACAGGACCCAGAUUCAGUGGAAGCAUUAGAGGGGCUUGACGCACUUGCCAACCUAGCCAUCCAGGAAGAGGGUGAGGCCCUCCCAGCAUCAUCAUCACAGGCAACAACGAAGCACCCGCGCCAUAGACCCGGCUGUACAUGCAUUGUUUGCAUUCAACCCCCAAGUGGAAAGGGCCCUAAGCACAAGCAAACAUGCACGUGUAAUGUCUGCUUAACGGUGAAGCGCCGUUUCCGGACCCUGAUGAUGCGGCGUGAGCAGAAACAAUCUGAGAAAGAUGCAGAAACUGCCCGUCAAAAGUCGCAACAGCACCCACUUUUACCCGAGACACUGCUCGAUGACAACAAUGGAGGAAGCAUUAGUCCAAAACAGAAAAUCCCAAGCAGUGAGGAUCCGGAUGAUGAUCUGAGCAGGAUGAGACCAUCCCUUCCAACGUUCAAAGGCCAGAUUGACCUGAACAUCCAGCCAGAGAGAGAUGAGGAGCUGUCACCUGGUUCGGAUUCUGGCAGCAUGAUGAGAUUGGUCCAAGAUGCCACGGAGAGGUAUCUAAGGCAGCAGAGACUAACAAACCCUAACAGAAAUUCAUCGGGCAAUCAGCUGCAGCUGGGUGGAAUUGGAAUAGGGGGGAACUUAAGAAACAAUGUUAGUGUUGCCAUUGGUAGUAGCAGUCAUCAGGAAGCUGAAGCCGAAUGUUCUGUACCUUUGAACUCAAAUGCACUGGGAUCCACAUCAGCCGCAGAGAGAUAAAAAAGAGGGGGGAGAUAGCUUUUUGUUGUACAUUAAUCUGCAGUGGCAUCGUGCAUAUGUAGAUCUGUACAUAAAGAAGAGAAGAGAGGUAGGUGCCGAUAAUUUUGCUGCUUAAAUAUGCUUUUAUAUAUUGUGAUCCUCUCUACAUUGAUAGAACUGGGACAAUGGAGUGUGAAAAGCAAGGAAAAGCUGGGAAUUGUGACUUUGAUGAGUGGGUAGUGUGGGUUGAAGCCUAUUUAUUUUGAAUCUGCGUUUUUGGUGCUCACCUUCCUGCCCUAGUGAGGGUAAGUAUUAAAUAUGUAAUUAAGUUAAGCUAUGUAUGCUUUUUAAUUUUUUUUUUUUUUGUUUGGCUGAAAAGAAUUUGCUUGCUGGUAAUUCUGUAACCCCAUGUCUUUCUUUCUUGCAGUUCCUUUCUCUUCA